AUGGGAGCUCAUUCACGCCACGCAUCUGCUAGACGCAACGAGGCGCCGGUUUCUGGGACGUACCGUGUUCCAGACGACGUUCUCGUAUGUAUUCUCGUCAAGCUCGAUCCUGUUUCCUUGCUGCGCUUCUGCAAGGCAUUUGACCGCGCUGCAGGACCGACCAAGUAUUAUAGUCCCCUGUCCUAUAGGCUUGAGCUUGCCAAGGCCAGUAAGGACGACAAUGCGCUCGUUCGUAAUGUCGCUGUUGGCCAGAAGCUCGUCGCCAUAAGGGCCUACAGGAAGGAAUGGGGUAGUCUUCAAUGGGGCCACAAGUUCCAAAUGAAGCUGCCGCCCACUGCGGUCAUGGGCGUGUCGGGUGGGUUUUUGCAUCGGUACUACGACGCCGGCGGUACUACGGUCUUGGAGCUCGCCGAACUGCCGUCCCCGCGUCUGGACCGUGCCCCAUCGACGACGCGCCACCUCCGCUUCCGGCUUGACGGUGCGAACCUGCGUGCCUUCGUGUAUGACCCGGCGCAGAACCUUGCCGUGACUUGUGAGCUCUUGCCGCAGAUGACGAUCCGCGUGUCGCUGCGCGAGAUGCCGUCCUUCACUCAGCACCAGCGUGCGCCGCACAUGUUCCGCGACUUCAUCGCGGGCAGCGCCGUCGAGUCGAUCUCCCUCGCCACCUGCGGCAGCCUUAUCUCUGUCACCGCCCGGCUUCCCUCGGGAGAGUGCAAGGUUCUCCUCUUCAAUUGGAAGACCUUCGCCUCCAGCUGGAUCAAGGCCGAAAGUGCGUAUCUGAUCACCGAGCGAUACGUGCUUGCUGCCUACCACGGCCGCCUCCGCCUCUCGGAUGUCUCCGAUGUUCUCAAGCCGCGCACGCUCCGCGAAUACGCGCUCCCAGACUCGUGGGCCGACCGCGAGCUCGUCUUCGCCCCGAAUGCGUGUCCCCUGCGCUCGGCGCCGCACGCGCUCUUCUCUGCCACUACCACGGAGCGUGUCAUCGUGCUGCAGGCCAUCCCCGCCGAGCCCGAGCGCGCGCACUCCCAGAGCUGGCUCAUCGUGCGUGAGGCGGUUUUUAUGGCCGCUGUGCGCUCUGAGAGCCGCGCGAUGGAGCCUUGGGCCUUCUGGGCAGCGCGCUGUGCUGUCAAGGAGGUUCCGGUGCGGGCGAAGGGUCCAUGCGUGGCCGGCAACCGAGUCGCGUAUGCAGUUGCUGGGCGCGGAGGGAGCGCUACGCUGCAUGCGAUUGAGUUCUCCAGCGAAGUGGCGGGCUCUGUACGCCCCGGCGCCGCCUGGUCUUGGGUUGGGGCUGCGGCGGGACCCGUGCCGCUGGAGGUGGAGAGGGCGAUCCCCGCUGAGCAUGGCGAGAAGAUGGAGGUGAAGGGCCUGAGCGCGACGGAGGAUAACAUGAUACUGGAAUAUGAGAGCCGCGGUGGCGGAAAGCCUGCCGUAGUUCUCACAUUUGGUGUGCAUCGCGAGGCCUGA